CCAAACUACUCAGAUUCAGUUUUCAAUGGCAACAGUUGCAUCACUCGUAGCCAACUCAAUUUUCUUGCGCAAUCCUCACCCAAAGUUCAGCGCAGCAAAACUGAGCGCAACUUAUAACAGUCGCCAUGCCUCUGUUUCUUUUUCUUCUGCUCCUAAAUUCAAUGUCGACCUUAGACUUAAGAGCUUCUUCUCCGCAGCGGAGAAUAACCAGUACACAACCACCACCGCCGACUCAAAAGUAUUAGGGAGCCAUGCCUCUCUUUGUAAGCCGCCUAAGGUAAUUAAAGAUCACCUUGGUAUUGGAAAACCACUUGGACGGAUCGGUGGGAAGUGGUCGACGAAAUAUCCGUACGACCCUAAGUCGAGGAACCCUAGCGACUCGCCUUGGUCUCGGGUACAUGUAUACAUCUUCUUCUUUCUUCUUCUCGCACCGUUUGUCUGCGCUGCUGUUGGUUUGCCUAUUUGGUUUAGGGCAUUAGCCUUGAUAAUCUUGGCAACUCCCAUGGCUCUGGAUUCAUGGUCCUCUGGAGAAACAAGUGUUGUCAAGCUCCAGGUUGGUUUCUCGGGCAAGGGGCGAGACUUAGGGUUCGAUCUUAAUCAAAUUGCUGAAACUGCAGAUACUUCUACCUAUAAGGGUUUGAGCUAUGUUUUGAAUGAGACGAUUGUAGCUUUUCUUCGGCAUCAGAAAUAUCACACUUCAGCUUCCAUAUCUGUGUGUUCAAAGUUUGGCAGAGAAGCUGCAAAUACUUAUGUUGAUCAACUUUCUAUCAAUGAAAGGGUUAAUAACAAAGAGUCUCUUGUUAAUGUGAACGACAUGAAAAUGCAAAGCUCUACUCGAUCAGCUAAUGAUUGGCACAACGAUGAUAUAAUGGUUACAUUAUUUGUUGGUGCUAAAGGGGAUGUUGAGUGGCCUGCAUAUGACUUGAAGAACGCGUUGCAAGAACUGAGGUUGAUUGCUUCCUCCAACAACAUAACUGCAGUGGAGGUAUUAUGGACUCCUCAGGUAUCUCCAUGUUUGACUGCAACAAGUACUUGAACAUCCUCAGUCAUCUUCUUGUUUGAUUGCCCAAGUACUUGAAAAUUUGCCAUCUCUGAGGUUUCUUUCUGAUGAAGGGUUUCUAAGGUGUCCACCUUGCACUAAGGGUGUCUAUAUCUAUCACCAUUUUGAUCUUAUAGGACGAAAACUACCUAAAGCACUAGGCUACAUAUAGCUUGUUUGAUAUGUCUCCACUGUGUUCCAUUUUUAUAUAAAUAUGAAACUUUUUAAUUUUUAGAGGAAUUAGUGCCUGUUAGAGCCUCGUGAUAUAUUAGGAAUUGUGGACUCCUCAGCUCUGUUCGAGUGCGGUGAGUAAUUGUAAAUUACCUGCUUCUGAGGUGCCUCUCUAAUGGAGUGUAUUUUCUAACGGGUACCUAUGAUGCCCAAAACUGUUACAUUAUUAGGGCCUCUUAUAUGACAAUGGCUAUUAUACUACUAUACUUUGAUUGAAUAUUACUAAUUACAGUUAACGGAUAGAAUUAUAUAUGUUUCUUGAGCAGAGAACGUAGUUUGAACUGGUCUCACAAGUUUUACGUGAAUGGUGAGCCUAGAACACCUUCCACUACA